AUGAUUCAUAAGGUUACACGUCAACUGUCAAGAAGUAUGUCGCAAGGAUUCAAAGUAACUUCAACCCCAAAUGCACCAUCAGCAGUAGGGCCAUACGUACAAGCCAUUACUCACAACGAUGUUGUUUAUGCAUCUGGAUGUAUACCACUCAACCCAACGAGUAUGACAGUCGUGGAGGGUGGUGUAGAAGCCCAAGCAAAACAGGCACUUGGAAAUCUCAGCAAGGUGCUUGAGGCAUCUGGGUCAUCUAUGCAAGACACCAUCAAGACAACGUGUCUUCUCAAGAACAUGGAGGACUUUGUCGCAUUCAACAAGGUCUACGAGGAUGCAUUCGCACCACACAAACCAGCCAGAAGCUGUUUCGAGGUUGCUAGACUCCCAAAGGAUGUUCUAGUAGAGGUUGAGGCUAUAGCAGCAGUGAGCAAGUAA